GCGCCGAGAAGAGCCCGGAAAAGAGCAGAAGGUGGAGCCAGCUCCAACGUCUUCUCCAUGUUCGAUCAGUCCCAGAUCCAGGAGUUUAAAGAGGCCUUCACCAUCAUGGACCAGAAUCGAGAUGGCUUCAUCGACAAGGAGGACCUGAGGGACACCUUUGCUGCCCUGGGCCGCAUCAAUGUGAAGAACGAGGAGCUGGAGGCCAUGGUGAAGGAGGCCCCCGGGCCCAUCAACUUCACCGUCUUCCUGACCAUGUUUGGGGAGAAGCUGAAGGGUGAGGACCCGGAGGAGACCAUUCUCCAUGCCUUCAAGGUGUUUGACACUGAAGGGAAAGGUUUCGUCAAGGCUGAUUUCAUCAAAGAGAAGCUCAUGACGCAGGCUGACCGGUUCAGCGAGGAGGAGGUCAAGCAGAUGUUUGCUGCUUUCCCGCCAGAUGUGAGUGGCAACCUGGACUACAGGAACCUGUGCUACGUCAUCACACAUGGCGAAGAGAAGGACUAGGAGGAGACCGCAGAUCCCCCCACAU